AUGACCCUCCUGUCCCUGGUCACUUCCCUCCUCGCCAUCUGGUCAUUCAUUUACUUUCUCCUCUCCUUUUGCGGUCGCUCCCAACGUCGCUCACGUCGUAGAACGUCCUUCCUGCCAACCUACUCGACACCGCCAUCUCGAGUUCACAAUUCAGAGUUCCACUACCAAUUCGGUUUCUUUCGAUAUACGACAACUGUCCUUAAUCAGGCGGUAUUUCGAAUAGGCAGAGAAUGGAAUGGGUUAUGGAAGUGGUGGUUCGGAAGGGAGAUGAUGGCUGGCCAGAUGGUAGGAAGUGACGAGGUGCAGGACUUUCGAAGCAAGGUGGAUUGGAUUUAUUCCACCGGCGGUCUGGCGAAUCAUAUGGGAAACACGCAAGGACUGGUCGCCCUUAUGCCUGGUGUAAAUCUACCGUUGAGCGAUAUGGGAUACUAUGUUUCGGGUAUCCUGGUUUGUGCGCUGGUGCAUGAGGUUUUCGUACCUGACGCGUUUCUAACUCUUCGCGAGGCGAGUUUGGGUUUGUUAAGGCCUGCUGAGAAGUUGAAGAUCGUUUGUGCGGGAGUGUGGCACAAUGUGGUGCUGGUCGGUAUGGUGUUCUGUAUGUUGUGGGGAUUGUCGUGGGUGUUCCUGAGGUACCGGAGGAGCGAAGGGGUUGUUGUGUUGGAUGUUCUGGACGAGUCGCCGUUGGCUGGGCACUUGGUCGUGGGCGAGACGGUGAGAUGGGUCAACGCAAAUUAA